UGACAAAAUAUCCAUAACAUGGAGGACCGAACCUAGCUUAUUCUGAAUAUACUGCUUUUGACUACUGUCAAUCGUGCUGUCAAUAAACAAUAAGUAACAAUUUUCAGAAAAAUAUUUAAUAAUCCCAAUAUAAAGUGAUGGCAUUCAAUUUUUACUUCGCUAUUGUUGGUCAUGUUGAUAAUCCAUUAUUUGAAAUAGAAUUUGCAAACGCUGGUAAGGAUAGAAAGCAGAAAGAAGAUCAUGUACAUCUAAGUCAAUUUGUUGCUCAUGCUGCUCUUGACUUAGUGGAUGAACAUAUAUGGAAAACUCCAAAUAUGCAUUUAAAAGUUGUCGAUAAAUUUAAUCAAUGGUUUGUAAGUGCAUUUGUAACAGCAACUAGAAUACGUUUUAUUAUGGUACAUGAUGGUAAAAAUGAAGAUGGAAUUAAAAACUUCUUUAAUGAAAUGUAUGAAACUUAUAUUAAGUAUUCUAUGAAUCCUUUUUACAAGAUAAAUACUCCAAUCAAGUCUGUGGGAUUUGAAAAGAAGGCUCAAUUAUAUGGAAGGAAAUAUUUAACAACAUAACAGUACGAUUACACAAGAUGGAGUGGAUAAUUUAUUUAAUUUGUUUACUAUUAAUUUUUUGUUUAUUUUGUAUAAUAGAAAAUUUUGUUUAGUUAAAUUUUUACAUUUUUAAAUAAAAAAUUAAAUUAUAAUGUAAUUAAAUUGUAAAUAAUAAUUACAUAAACAAAUAUAAUUAUAAAAUUGACAAAGUGACUAAAACACUA